AUGAAGCAUGAAGCUCAUUUCGUAAGCGCUUGCGUUCGAAACUGUUCGGCGAAGCUAAUGGCUGGUAUCGAUGUGGGACCCUUACUAUCACCAAUGAUCGCUGCAAUUCGCGAUGGUCCCGCCUCAGCCACAACCGCCAGCUCCAUCGCGCCUCUUCGAGCGCAUCUGCUUACGAGUUUCGAAGAACUUGGAAAUCAAUCCGAAUACAAAUUUGGUGCAGUUUUUGGCGGAUCCACUAUGCACUUCUUUAAGUACUCUCGAAUAGAGACGUUUCGAAAAUUAUGGGAGACAAUGCAAAAUCAGACUCCAACUGCAUUUGUUGCGGAAAACGACAGUGGAGUUCGUCGAGCGCUCCAGGAAAAAUAUGUCUUUCUAAUGGAAUCAGCAACACUCGACUAUCAAGUCACGCAAAAUUGUAAUCUCACACGUGUGGGGAACGUCGUUCUCGGCUCAAAUGGUUACAGCAUCGCUUUACCAAAAGGAUCUAAAUGGAGGGAGAAAUUGACACGACAAAUACUGGACCUUAACGAAAAAGGAGUGAUAAUGAUGUUGAAGGACACGUGGUGGAAGAAACGACAGCAAGACUGUGAUGCAGAAUCCGUAGAAGAUAGAAGAGCACUUGGAGUCGAUCAUGUCAAAGGUUUAUUCGUUCUUCUCGCUUUUGGACUUGGAAUCUCGCUAAUCAUUUCUUUAUCUGAGAAGUUUAUAUUUGCUAUGGUUAUAAAAACCAAUGCCUUCAAACGUGGAUCAUUUGUUUGUCCUGUUGUCAUGCGUCAUAAAUAA